GUCAUACAUAUACACCACCAGGGGAAAAACUGUGCCCGUGGUCAAAGCAGCCGAAUUCGCAAAUUUGCGCGGAUGUAUAGUUGGCGGCGACAUGGGCUUACCGCCAAGCCAGCUUCAAGCCCACUUGGCAACCUUCGACGUAUCGGCGGGCUCUCUUGAGACAUGGGUCCUCCAUGGCCGUUGGAUAAACGUGCAACCAUCCAGUCUCCCGAAGAACCGUCAGCAACGAAGUGCAUUAUGAACAUGUUCGAAAGAGCUCACAUAACCUUUACACUCUUAGCUCUUUUCAUCAUCCUCCAUACGGGCCAGGUAGUUGCACCUGAACGCAACCCUCAACUAGGCGGCACGAGGGAAUGCACCUACCACUUUUCGCCUGACGGCAAGGUUAAAGGCAGGGCCUCUUGCAUGGCCGAUCCUGAUCAUGAUUACUCAUGCGAAACCGAUACCUGUCUAACCCAAUAUAACCACGGCUAUGACAAUUUCUACUAUUAUGGCUGUCACCGGCCCGAUGUACCCUACAAAGAUUCUAUACAGGCAGUACAAUAUUUCCGCAGAAAGGAUGACGGUUACGCUUCCGUUCAGGACGCAAGGAAGCAAUUGUUCUGGGACUGCAAUUUUAAUGCCCCAAAUGCCCCCCACAACAAUCAGUAUCUCAUUUGUGACGGCUGCUACGCUGUAUGAAGAAAACCUCAGGCAACCCAAGGUUCACUACUUCCCCCGCUCAAGAAAAACACCUCGUCAUCAUCGACUCUCCACGGUCUCAUCGCCUCACUUUUUUUUUCUUCAUUGUGCCAGUCACCAAAUUCAGCGAGCAUCCUCGUGGAAG